UUUUAGUUAGUUGUCGGAUUUCGUCGGGCGUGUUUUGUGCGGUGCUUUUGAGCAGUUUUGUGCAAGUGUUUUUUUACGUUUCAUUCUACGAAAGUGAUUAAUAUACCCGUGUGUAAUAAGUAAUAAGUGGAAAGAUGUAAGCGGAAUUCAAAGUUGACACGUGAAUAAAUCGAAACGCGAAUCAUCAUAGUAGUUGGCAGUGUGUGAAAAACGUACCUUGCAACGGUUCAGAGAGGAGGCGCCACAAAAGAGGCAGAGGGACAGCGAGCACAAUGUCAACACGAACAAGCAGCAGCAGCGCUGUUGUGGCCGCAUCCUCGUCGGGAGGCGAUGUGCCACGCCCACCGCCGAGACGACGCGCCGCAUCAGUUGCCGGACAACAGCAGCAGCCGCAGCAGCGUCUGGAUUACAGCAACGGACACGCGCCACGUAGAUCGUUGGCCGCCGUGAACGACACUGGCGAUUCGUGUCAUUUGCGCAUUGUUGUGCUUAGCGGCAAAUCCUUGGCCAAGAAGGACAUCUUUGGUGCCAGUGAUCCAUAUGUGCGCAUCGAUUUGAAUACAAUUAACGGUGAUAUAAAUAUUGACUCGGUUUUAACUAAAACUAAAAAGAAGACAUUGAAUCCAUCCUGGAAUGAGGAGUUCAUAUUCAGAGUUAAACCGUCUGAACAUAAGCUUGUGUUUCAAGUAUUUGACGAGAAUCGCUUGACACGCGAUGACUUUUUGGGCAUGGUGGAACUGACCCUGGUGAAUCUGCCCACCGAGCAGGAGGGACGCACGAUCGGCUCCCAGAGCUACACGCUGCGUCCGCGCAGGUCAGUAGGCGCUAAAUCACGCAUCAAGGGUACACUGGAGAUAUACCAUGCGUUCAUACGCGAAACACGCGAACAGAGCGAACCGUCGGGCAACAACAGCGACGGCGAUUGGGAGCACGUUGAGGCUACAAAUUCGGGCGAGGUUUCAUCACAACCGCAUCCCUUUCCUAGUGGCGGUAAUGACAGCUUGCCUGCUGGCUGGGAGGAACGACAGGACGCAAAUGGACGCACAUAUUAUGUGAAUCAUACGGCGCGCACCACGCAAUGGGAGAGGCCGACCAUCUUGACAAGCAACAACAGCCAAAACGUUGAUCAGCUGGCCUCAGAUUUCCAACGACGUUUUCACAUCAGUGUGGAUGAAACGGAACCGGGACGCGGCGCGGACAAUGACAAUGCCACAACAGCAGAAUCCACACCAACAAUCUCACGCACUCAGUCACAGACCUCAGUGAACAGCAACAACAACAACAACGAAAUCAACAACUUCCACCACGAUGAUAAUGAUGAGAACAACGAUGCAGCUGCGAACCCAACUCAAAUGGACCAUGCCAGUUUUGUUUACAAUUCUCUGCGACAUCCCGGUCGUGAUGGAGUCCAAGUCUCCGCCACCAGUUUGCAAAACGAUUUGCGACCGGUGCGUGUGGAAUCCGCUGUUUCAAAUCGUAAUGUUCGACGCGGCAACGAUCCCAGUUUGGCCCGCCCACAGUUGGAGAACAACAACAACAGGCAGCAGAGGCGACGACAGCUGCGUAGACAAUUGAGCGAAGACACCGAUCACACAGACAGCCACAAUCCCUCAGAGAUCUCAGCUCCGUCCACACGACGCAAUUCCGAGGAAGACAACGCGGCUGUGCCCACCGAUCAAGCCGCAGUCAAUGAGGAGGAAGCAUUACCACCACGCUGGUCCAUGCAGGUGGCGCCCAAUGGACGUACAUUCUUUAUCGAUCACGAGGCACGUCGCACCACUUGGAUUGAUCCACGCAAUGGUCGCGCCAGUCCAAUGCCAAAUCAAACACGUCGCGUCGAGGACGAUUUGGGUCCCUUGCCCGACUCGUGGGAGGAACGCGUGCACAUCGAUGGACGCGUUUUCUACAUUGAUCACGAUACGCGCACCACACAGUGGGAGGAUCCACGCCUGUCAAAUCCAAACAUUGCCGGACAGGCGGUGCCGUAUUCGCGAGAUUACAAACAGAAAUACGAGUAUUUCAAGAGUCAUAUAAGAAAACCUACAAAUGUACCAAAUAAAUUUGAGAUACGUAUUCGCCGUACAUCCAUAUUGGAGGACUCGUAUCGAAUCAUUAGUUCGGUGACGAAAACCGAUUUACUGAAAACUAAAUUAUGGGUAGAAUUUGAAGGCGAAACGGGCUUAGAUUAUGGCGGCCUUGCUAGGGAAUGGUUCUACUUGCUAUCCAAAGAAAUGUUUAAUCCAUACUACGGACUCUUCGAGUACUCGGCUAUGGAUAACUACACCUUGCAAAUCAACAAUGGCAGCGGCUUGUGCAAUGAGGAACAUUUAAGUUACUUUAAAUUCAUAGGACGCAUUGCGGGCAUGGCUGUGUAUCAUGGCAAACUGUUGGAUGCGUUCUUUAUUCGUCCCUUCUACAAGAUGAUGCUGCAAAAGUCCAUUGACUUGAAGGACAUGGAAUCUGUGGAUACCGAGUACUACAAUUCAUUGAUGUGGAUCAAGGAGAACGAUCCACGCAUACUGGAGUUGACAUUCGCUCUCGACGAAGAUGUGUUUGGUCAAAAGAGUCAGCAUGAACUCAAACCGGGCGGCGCCAACAUUGAAGUGACCAACGAAAACAAAGAUGAAUACAUCAAACUUGUCAUCGAGUGGCGCUUUGUGGCACGCGUUAAGGAUCAAAUGUCUGCCUUUUUGGAUGGCUUUGGUUCGAUCAUUCCCUUGAAUUUGAUCAAGAUCUUUGACGAACAUGAACUGGAGCUGCUAAUGUGCGGCAUACAGAACAUCGACGUCAAGGAUUGGCGUGAGAAUACGUUGUACAAGGGCGAUUACCACAUGAAUCACAUCAUUAUUCAAUGGUUCUGGCGUGCCGUGCUCUCCUUCUCCAAUGAGAUGCGUUCGCGUCUGUUGCAAUUCGUUACGGGCACAUCGCGUGUGCCAAUGAAUGGUUUCAAAGAGCUCUACGGCUCGAAUGGCCCGCAAAUGUUUACGAUUGAGAAAUGGGGAUCACCCAACAAUUUUCCACGUGCACAUACCUGCUUUAAUCGCUUGGACCUGCCACCCUAUGAGGGUUAUCUGCAGCUGAAGGACAAGCUGAUCAAGGCCAUUGAGGGCAGUCAAGGAUUUGCUGGCGUGGAUUAAUAACACUGGUCUUGUGUGCGACGGCGUUGGCAAUGUGGGUGACGACAACAGCACUUGGCUGUGGCAAACAGUUCAGCAGUUAUAUGAGGAGCAACAGCAACAACAACGACAGCAACGACGACACACAAUCACAUCACAGCGACAACGAGAGAGAGACCAACAACUACUAAUACAACUGCUGCAGCAGCGCAAUCGCAUUGCAACCACUUGGAACACCACCGCCACCCACUCGUGUACUUAUUUGUUUGUUUGCUUUUGUAUUAUAAUCAUUUUUGCUAGUUUCGUACUGUUUCGUAUGUAUUUUUAAAACUUUGGCGGCGGCAGCACAAAAACAACAACAACAACAGCAAUAACGCGCAGCAGCAGCAGAGUGCAGAUAUAUAUAUAUAGAGUACAUUUUGAAUGCUCCCUGUGUAUUAAUUAGUGUUUUGUGUUUAUGCAUGUUACCAUUUGCCAACAAUUGUAAAAAGUAAAGAGAGACUCCCCCCUUUAACAUAUAUAACAAACUACAACUAAAACUACAACUUAAAAUGAAUUUGCAUUGCCUGCGUUCAUAUAAUAAGUAAACAAACAAAAGAAGAAAAAGCAACAAAUAUGCGAAAUGGAUAAACAACAAAAUAUAUAUGAAGUUUUUUAUAAUUGUUAUUUUGCGAUAUUUGUCUAUAUGCCUAAAAACAAACAAACAAAAACACACACCACACUGACACACACACAUAAAACUGACAUUUGAUGCAGACGAUUGUGAAACGUAACUUUUUUAUUCUGUAUAACUACGCGUGUAUUUAAAAUUGAAAGAAACAAAUGAUUAAUGUUAAAUGUGCAUAAGUAUCUCCAAUUUUAAAUGAUAAAGUUAAUAAAUAACUAAACAAUAAAACAAAAUCAGAAUACUAUACUGAAUCGCAAAAUCAAAUUUAUGUAUAUUGUUAAACUUAAAUUAUAUAAUGCAUUCCAAAUGUUUAUGAAAGAAACAAAAAAAAAGAGAGAACACAAAACAAGAAUAAAUAUGAUAACUGUAACUGAUGAUAUAUCUAAAGAAAGCCGAUUAAAGCCUAUAUAAAAACUGAA